CCGGCCCACUACUAAAACGGUGAAACCCUUCAGAGGAGCCCUGUCCAAUAGAACGACUGCGGCAGGCUUGUAGGUGCGUCCAAGGUCAAAAAUCGUCACCUCCAUAAUUCCUGAAGCUUGAGAACCGGAAGUCACCUUCAGUCACCACUGCUAGUCCAGGCUUUACCAGAGUGAGGUGAAGACUACCGAUUAUGGAUCUUGACGACGACCUAGGAGCACCGAGCCAGGUCCCUUCUCGAACCUCCAGGUUCGCGCCAAAAUCUUCCAGGUUUAAACCUAAGCCCAAAACGGAGUCGGCGUCAGCAGCGGAGCCCCAAGAAUCAAAACCAAAACUGGAACCCCAGCAACAAGAUGUCCCGGUUUCACGGAAGGAGGAGGAGGCGCAGAAUUCUGAGCCACCAGUGAUAGUGACGCCGAAGACCGAACCCUCGGCGUCUAAUGGCAGCCUCAAAAUGGAGAUUGAUUCGAAAGCUGAAGUCGAAGCAGAAAUGAACAAUGUCCCCAUUGACGAAAACGGUCAAGAAGUAGAGGAAGACAUGGUUGUCCGAGAAAUUGACGUCUACUUCACCCCUUCCCUAGAUGAGAACUCAAAGUUGUAUGUUUUUCAAUAUCCAUUGAGACCCUGUUGGCGUCCGUAUGAAUUGGAUGAGCGAUGCGAAGAGGUGAGGGUAAAACCUAUGACUGGGGAGGUGGAAGUUGAUUUGUCCGUGGAUUAUGAUUCCAAUCAUUUUGAUAAGGAAGAAGCUAGCAAUAUGAGUAUGAAAAAUCAGGUUUUGACAUCUUCAUGGAAGCCACCUCAGAAAGCUGGUUAUGCAGUUGGAGUUCUAAUGGACAAUAAGUUGCACCUGAAUCCUAUUCAUGCAGUUGUGCAGCUCCGACCAUCGCUAGCACACUUCACGCCUGGUGGCACAGAAAAGAUGACCAAUUUUAAAAGUAAUGCUGAUGUUCCUGAUGAGUCAGAAGAAUCUAAGCCAAAGAAAUCUGUUGGUCCAGUAAAGAAGCAGAAUAAGAGGGUGGAGUCCGCAGUUGAACCCAAAACAAAUGAUAACGAGUGUUGGGUUCCACUCAAGUAUCAUGGCCCCAAGAGUGAUUUCUCAGCUGGAUAUCUUGAGAGGAUGAUGGCACAAGAAAGCUCUCCCAUUAGCUUUACAAUGAGCCCGUAUGAAUACAUCACCUCUUUGUGCCCUGCGGCAGGUAAUGACAGCAUUAGACUGAAAGGUUCUUCAAAACGGUCUUUGCUUUCAAUGCCGUUGGAAGAACGUAUUAAGAAAUUGCUUUGUGAGGGACCUCCAGUUCAUCGGUUCGUUGCUCUUAAGCACUUUGCUCCUGAUGAUUCCGUGGAAGAUGUUUUAAGAGUUCUUCAGCAGCAUGCUCUGUUAGUGCAGGGACUAUGGGCUCCAAAAACUAAAUUGGUACGUCCAGAGGGUGGUAUGGAAACACUUGCAAGAAACUACACCCUUCUUUUAUUCAGCAAGAGUUCAGUUAUCAACAAUUCAGAGAUACAUUUGCCAGCAAAGAUUAAAGAUGCUGUGAAAGAGAUACUGAAAACAAUAGCUGUUGCAAGACCCUCCUUUGAUGAUUGGAGGUUUAAAGAGCAAACAGAUGAGUCGUUUAUCAAACUCUACCCACAUAUUGUUGAGAAACAACGAGAAGUCUGGGCUGCUAUAGAAACAGAGGUGACUAAUUAUUUUAACUCAAGGGGUAUGCCAGGCACAAAAGUUGCACCAAAAAAGCCUGGCGCACCUGAAAAACUAGUUGAGUCUGAUAAAUCUGCAACGAAAAGUAAAAGUAGAGUACCCAGCGAGAGAGGGACAAUGACAGCCGAAACUCGGGAAGCUUUAUUAAAGGCAUUGCCUAAAGUUCUUCAUACUCACAAGGUUUGCAGCUUUCAGCUGAUUUGCCAAGGUUUACGGGAUUUGGCUGUUUCACAAGCUACUCUUCCAAAGGCAGAUCAUCGUAUAGCAGUAGCUGCUGCAAAUGGCAUUGAAGCUCCUCGAGAAGAGCUUGAGGAAGUCUUAAGUCAAUGUACAAUAAACAUUCAUGGUUUCUAUGUUUUGAAAUCAUCAUCAGAACAUCCAGAAUAUGAUCCGUUGAGGAAAGUUGUAAUUGAUCUUCUACUUGGGCAAGGACCUAAUGCAAAGCUCAAGAAGGCUGAAGUUUCCCAUGCUGCCAGGCUUGCUCUGAAGAGAGAGUUUACCAGCAUUGAGUAUAACAAGGUUAUGACUGAACUUUGUGAAUCUAAAGGUUCGGCAUGGGUGUUAAAAAGUGGUGAUGGAAGACCAAAAUGACAUGAUGGGUGUUAAAUACCAUCUAUUGUGGAAAGAAUAAUGGAAGGAAAAAAAAAGCCGCACAGUACAUGAUUGGUCAAAGUUGGAUUCAUCGAUUGCAAGUAUGUAUCUGGUCAUGUCAUUAUUCUCCCUAAGCAUUUCCCUUUUUCUGGUCUCAAAUUCCAUAUGAAGCUUAUCCAAAAACAAAUUCCCAUAUGAAGAUGAACCUCUUUUUUCGCUAUAGCUGAUUAUGGCAUACUGCUUUGCUGCGCGAUGGCAAUUGACCAUACAGAGAGGAGACCUGGUUUGUGGAAAUUUUUGGGUUUCUCCUAUGGUACAUGCCAAUGUGAUGAAUCCUCAUUAUUUUGUUUCCGGUUUUCAAGCAACAGGGAUAGGUAGAGAAAAAGCGAAGGCAUUGUAGAAAAAUAUCACUGUUACUGGUUUUCCUGAUAUUAUUCAAUUUGCAGAAUAGUCGUGCAUGACAGAAGAAAAAAUAUCCGCAAAUAGCUUCAUGAAAUGCAAGUUGUCCAGCAUUUAGUCCCUUUGA